CGUCGUUUGAAAUCAACAUUUAUAGCAAUAAUGGCUAACGAAGAUUUAAGUCACUUUGAAGGGCUUCUUGGACGGUUGAUGUCACCUGAAAAUAAUGCAAGGCAACAAGCUGAAGCUGAAUAUGCUCAAAUUGCUGAUCCCAAGAAGAUUGACUUCCUGGUCAAAACAUUAAGAUUAUCGUCAGCUGAGGAGGUACGACAGAUGUCUGGUGUAUUGAUUAGAAGGUUAUUUUCCUCAACUGUUGAUCUGUAUGAAAGUCUAAGUGAAGAUCUUAAGCUGUCUUUAAAACAAGAACUGUUGCUAGGAAUACAACAGGAACCAUCAGUGACUGUGAAAUGGAAGAUAUGUGAUGCUGUGUCAGAGAUAGCUCGUUGUUUACUAGAUGAAGAUGGCUACAAUCACUGGCAAGAACUACUACGAUUUUUACAUGAAUGUUGCAACUCCCAAGAUCGAAGUUUACGUGAAUGCUCUCUUCGUAUACUAUUAUCAUUCCCAGGAAUUUUUGGCAACCAGCAAGAUCACUAUCUUCAGGUCAUCAAAGGAAUGUUAUGGCAAUGUAUGCAGGAUCAAACAUCUCCACAGGUUAGGUUUACUGCAGCUCGGGCAGCUGUGGCAUUCUUAGUUGAUCAAGUUCUUGAGCAGCAGCAGAAACAGUUUGUUGAUAUUGUACCAGGAGUAUUGCAGGCUUUGAAGGAUAGUUUACAAGAACAGGAUGACAACGUUCUCAAAAGCAUGAUUGAUCUCGCCGAAAAAGCGCCAAAAGUUUUAAGAAAUAAUUUAGAAGUUGUUUUAAAUAUCACCCUUCAGACCGUUUCAAAUGCUGAGUGUGAAAAUACCGUACGUCAACUCGCAUUAGAAUGCAUUGUUACAUUGGCUGAAUCAGCCCCAGCAAUGCUUCGAAAAUAUCAAAAGUUUUUUCCACUUAUUAUACCUCAAAUGCUAGCGAUGAUGGUGGAUUUGGAAGAUGAGCCCGACUGGAGUGCGUCUGAUGACCCGGAUGAUGAUGACUGUGACAGUAAUGCCGUUGCUGGCGAGAGUUCUCUUGAUCGGUUUGCCUGUAGCAUUGGAGGCAAACAUAUGUUGCCCCACAUUAUAGCAACCGUUCCACAGAUGCUCCAAAAUGAGGACUGGCGGUACAGACAUGCUGGGCUAAUGGCGAUUUCUGCAGUUGGCGAAGGGUGUCAUAAACAAAUGUUAAAUAUGUUACCUAAUCUCGUUGAGAGUAUUUUACCUUUCUUAACUGAUCAGCAUCCUCGGGUCAGAUAUGCAGCCUGCAAUGCACUCGGUCAGCUGUCUACUGACUUUGCGGAGGGCUUCCAACAAAAGUUCCAUGCAAAGGUUAUCCCUGGUCUACUUCACGUCCUUGAUGAUACGGAGAACCCUCGUGUUCAAGCCCACGCUGGUGCUGCUCUCGUGAACUUUUGUGAAGAAUGUCCUAAGCCUAUUUUACUUCUCUAUCUCGACAAUACAUUACAGAAACUAGAGAUGGUUCUUCAGGCCAAAUUGCAGGAUCUGAUAAACAAUGGCAGGAAAAUGGUAUUGGAGCAAAUCAUUACAACGCUGGCCACUGUGGCUGAUACAGCCGAGGAGAAGUUUUUAUGUUAUUAUGAUCGUUUUAUGCCCACAUUGAAGUAUGUAAUGGAAAACGCUGUACCGAGAGAUUUGCGGCUUUUAAGAGGAAAAACAAUCGAGUGCAUCAGUUUAAUUGGCUUAGCAGUUGGCCAUGACAAGUUUUUACAAGACUGCAAUGACGUUAUGCAAAUGCUGUUACAAACUCAAACGGAAAUGGCUGAGAUUGAGCCAGAUGAUCCUCAGCUCUCUUACAUGAUAUCAGCUUGGGCACGAAUGUGUAAAAUCUUGGGAGAAGGUUUCAAAGAAUAUCUUCCUCUUGUUAUGCCACCCGUAUUGAAAGUUGCUUGCAUUAAACCUGAGGUCGCACUUCUGGACGCUGAUGAUCCCAAAAACGAUGCUUACUCUGAAAAUGAUGGCUGGGAAUUUGUCUCUUUGGGAGAUCAGCAAAGAUUUGGAAUUAAAACAGCUGGACUAGAAGACAAGAGUACGGCGUGCCAAAUGUUGGUUUGCUAUGCAAGAGAAUUGAAAUCUAGCUUUUCUGAUUAUGCGGAAGAGGUUGUCAAGAUCAUGGUUCCUCUGCUAAAAUUUUAUUUCCACGAUGUUGUGCGUUCAGCGGCGGCAGACUGUCUACCGUAUCUACUGGAAUGUGUCAAAGUAAAAGGCGAUGGCUAUGUGCGUCAGAUGUGGGGUUAUAUAUGGUCUGAGUUACUCAAAGCUAUAUCAACAGAACCUGAGCCUGACGUCAAAGUGUUGUUAAUGGAGUCGUGUGCUAGGUGUAUAGAAACUCUGGGGAAAGGAUUUGUGAAUGAAUUAUUCUUUCAAGAACUUGCUAAAGUACUCCACGAUGUAUUAGAAGAACACAGAAAACGACAAGAGGAAAGAAUUGAAAGGCGAAAAGAAGAAGAUUACGACGAAGAAGUUGAGGAAGAUCUUCAGGAUGAAGACAGUACGGAUGAACUUAUUCUACGCAAGGUGUCAGACAUAAUGCACUCGUUGUUUGGAUCGCACAAAGAAUCUACUCUACCAUUGUUUGAAAGAUUGAUACACGACUUCCAUGCAUUACUACAUACGAAUUCUCCGACAGACAAACAGUGGUCGUUAUGUAUAUUCGAUGAUCUCAUAGAGCAUGCUGGACCGGUUUCGUUCAAAUAUAAAGAUUAUUUUCUCAGACAGAUGUUGGACUCAAUUGUACAUAGAACCACUGACGUAAGACAGGCUGCAUCUUACGGUAUUGGUGCUAUGGCCCAAUUUGGCGGAAAGGAUUACGCUCCGACAUUUCUAGAGGCUUUGCCACUUCUGAGUCAGGUUGUCAACGAUCCGUUGUCUAAAAUACCAGAAAAUAUUGACGCGACCGAAAACGCUAUUUCCGCUGUGACAAAAAUCUGUAAAUACAAUCACGGUAAUAUAGCCGUGGAUGACGUCAUACCUGUGUGGUUGUCAUGGUUACCUAUCGUCGAGGAUAAAGAGGAAGCACCAUAUGUGUAUGGAUAUCUAUGUGAUCUUAUACAAAGUAAUCAUCCACUUGUGUUGGGAGAAAACUACAGUAAUUUUUACAGAGUGCUAAGCAUAUUUGCUGCAGCUUUUAAAUCUGACGUUUUAACAGAAGAUGAUGAAAUAAAACAGAGGAUGCUUCUUAUCUUAAAACAGGCCCAGAUGUCACAGGAGCUGUGGACAAGUUGUCUAUCGAAUUUAGAAGAAUCAGAGCAACAGGUUCUUAUGAAAGUCGUCAAUGGCCAGUUGUAGACAUGAUAACUCUAUAACCUCAGUCGCGAUCGGAUAUAAAACUAUGCAUGGUACAUACGUGAGAGGGAAGUAUCUAACAAUCGCCAGUUUAGGUCGCUGCUUCAAGAACAUGAAGCUAUGGCACACAGCGACAAUUGGCUAUUCCGAUGUUGCUGUAGAGUUACCAUGGUACUGGCAAAAUUAACAAUACUUUAUCAGGCUUUUCUGAAGGACAAGCUUGUUAUUAACGCUCCCAAAACAACUGUCAACGCUAUUACUAUAUCAGUCUCGUAUUUUAACUUCGGAAUUGUUAUAAAGACCUGUCGAUUGACCUCUUAUCGAUAUAUAGACGAUCCAUUAGAUCCACGUAGACACGAUCAAACUAGAAACAUGUUUUUGCAUGGUAUAAAUGGUAAAAUGGCAGACAUCUUGAGCUUUUGCUUGCCAAUAAAUAUUUUGAAAUUACAAGUUCACCCUACUAAAUAUAGUGAAUCAACUUUAUCCAGUCAGCCGUUUAUCCAGUCAGGCAUUUGCUUACAUGUGUUAUACUCAGACAUCAAAAUAGUUAAAAGUUUCCCUAUUCAAGGUAACAACAACAAACUCGUCCAAAAAAACAUGGAAAAAUAAUCUUUAUUCAUAGAAUAGGUUAAUCUGGAAACGAUGUUCUAUUUAAUAUACCGUAAAAAAUUCAGGCUACAUUCACACAGGACCGGACUAAUUGAAGACCGAUGCUCAAAUUUGUCCGGUUAAGGUGAAAAACGAAAAAUGGAUGAAGUUUUGACCGGUUUUACGCGUUCACACGAGAGAACCGGACAAAUUCGAGCACGGUUCCAAAUUCCUUCGGUCCCGCUACCUCCUCCGCAGGCGCUAGGGAGCAUAUUUGCCCGAAAAGGGCCUGAGAAGGAGGCAGUCUGUCCCGUGUGAACGUAGCCUCGGAUACACACGCUGAUAUCUUCCCCAUGUCUUCCACAACGGCCUUAAUUUUGAUCUUCACAAAACAACGUUUUUCGCUCAUUGCAUCAAAUUGUGUUCACAAACAAUUCUUAUAAGGAAAAGGUUGAUCUUCACUUGUAACAUGUUGACUCUGCGGGAUAAUUUCUCUGUCAUUUUACCUUUUCAGUGACGUUUGUGUAAUUUAAGAUCAUACAUGUACCAAAUUUAGCUUGGGAAUACGGAAAAGGGCUGGGACUAUAGUUUUCAAACAGGAAUUCAUUUUGCGAUACAAAUUCUUAAAACUCUUGUGAUAUAUAUUGCUUCCAAAUAUAUAAUAUAAUUAA